AUGGCAGUCGAGGCUCACGAAGAUGUAGGCCAGGACGUCAUGUCCCAUCAAGAGAACACGCCCCUGCUGCAUGCACACAACGAACCGUUCAAACCGCAGGCAAAAGACGUCUGGCUGGAGAUCCGACUCCUCCUCAAACAAUGUCCGCCUCUCGUAGUCACCUACCUCCUGCAAUUCUUCCCCAGCGUCCUCGCCACGCUCAUCGCCGGCCACCUCGGCGCAGACGACCUCGGCGCAGCCAGCAUCGGCGCCACGACCAUCGCCAUCUUCGGCUCCGCCUUCGUCUCAGGCAUGGCCACGACCCUCGACACCCUUUGCGCCCAAAGCUACGGCUUCGGCGACCUCCACACCGUCGGCCUGCACGUGCAGAGAAUGGUCCUCCUCAUGGAGCUUGCUUGCGUCCCCAUCGCCGCGUUCUGGAUCGCCUCACCCUACCUUCUCUCCUUCGUCGUCAAGCAGCCCCAUCUCGCCCUCAAAGCCGGCACCUUCCUCCGCAUGAGCGCCAUCGGCCUCCCAUCCCAGGCCCUCUUCGAGGCCGCGAGGCGGUUCCUGCAGGUCCAGGGCGACUUCCACACCGCCAUGCUCAUGGUCGCACUCUGCAUGCCCGUCAACGCGCUUAUCAGCUGGACCUUGGCAUUCCCGCUGGGAAUGGGCCUCGACGGGGCGGCCCUCGGCUCCUCGCUGAGCCAGAUCCUACGCGCGGCGCUGCUUCUGCUCUACAUCGCCUCCGCGCGCGGCUCGUGGUCCCAUCGCUGCUGGGGCGGCUUCUCGCGCGACGCGCUGCGCGGAUGGGGUCUGAUGGUCCGGUUGUCGUUUGCCGGGUCCGUGGCGACGCUGAGCGAGUACGCUGCGUUUGAGAUUCUGUGCUUCUCGACGUCGUAUUUGAGCACGCGGCACCUGGCUGCGCAGUCGAUUCUCACCACGACGUCGAUUGUCGUCUGGCAUGUGCCCUUCUCCAUCAGCGUGUUCAGCAGUAACCGCGUCGGACACCUCGUCGGGGCGGGGCUUGUUGGGGCGGCGCGGAGGGCGGCGGUUGUGCAUGGGGUUGCCUGUCUUGCGGCCGGGUGUCUGAAUCGCGGAGGCGAUGCUGUGCGGGACUAA